UUUUCGAUUACAGAGAGCUCCAGCUUCUGCGCACGGUCACACUGAAAAGUGCAACAACGCGCGCGUUGCCGGCAACCGUCGAAUAUUUGCAAUAACUCGUGAAAUCAAUUAUAAAAUAAUAUAAUUAAAACAAAUUAUUGGGGAUACCUCGAUGGUCUAGCAGUUCGGAUCGGAAACAUGUCUGCCAGCUCCUCCAGCAACGCUUGCAAGCUCUUGCUGCUCGGCCGCUGCCUGCGCGCCGUGCUCCUCAGCGUGGCCAUCCAAUUCCUGCUGCUCACCGUGUUCCUGCUGUUUGUGAACUUCCAACUGUUGCAUCCACUCGCCUGGGUGACGGGAACACUGCGUCUGGUAGCCAGUUGGUACACCUGGUUUGCCAGCAUCCCGCUGGUAGCAUCCGUAGUGUUCUACGGAGUGGUCCUGUGCCAGCAGCACCUGUCGGAGCGGCCCUACUGCCCAACCCGGUUUCGCUGGCUCCUGCAUUACGGCCCACGCAAGUUACUCUUUCUGGGCGCCCAUCUUAUGGUGGGUCUGCUGACCGCCUGGCUGUACACGGGCUAUCUGCACACAGACUAUCAACAUCUGAGAUACAAGUGCUAUGGCCAGGAUUGCAUUAGUGCAUACCAUGUCUAUCUACUGGGCAUCGGCAUGACCGCCGGCUGCUACCACUUUGUCUCUGUUCACAUGCGCCAGGAGAUCUCAAUUGAAUUCCCCAUCGUUGAUCAGUCGCGGGCGGAGAAGAUGCGCGAACUACUUUACGGCAGUUUGGCCAAAUCUCUAGUAAGAUCACUGCUGCCCACACUCAGCUACACCGCCGUCUUUUGGCUCUUCGGACCCAUGAUAUGCCACAAACUUAGUCACAUUCUCUCUGUGGACAUGGACGAGCGACUGGAAGGAUUCUUCGGAGUAGCCACCAAUGUGCGCCUUAUUUUCUACGGCUAUAUGCUGACCGCCCAGAUUCUGAGUAACAUGCACCUCAUGCGUUGCUUCUACGGUAUUCUGCUCUCGGAGGAUUUGCCCCUGGUAGUAAGUAAACCGCGAGCUGCGUUUGCCCAUGAACAAGAUAUAACUUUGGUAGCAGGACUGGGAGUCUUCAAUGUGUAUGUGGUGCAGUGCCUUGCUGCCCAUUUUUUCUACAAGCUGGCGUUGCGAAAGAAUUCGGCACAACGGGCAGAGAUAUUUCAGCUGACCGAGCCGGGCAACCGGCCAGCAAACUGGCGCUCUCUCUGUGACCAGUGCUUGAGUAUUCUCGGCAGCUUUACCGAAGAACUAACCGAGUCCAUGCAGAAGAUAAGUGUACUCAAAGGCGCCCAGAGUCUGCCAAUGCCGAAGAUAACCGAAUCGCUUACUGCUAGCUUGAUGGCCGAGAAGGUGUUGCUGCGGCAAUACAAUCAGAUCCACGGCAUCCGACCAAUUGUGUCGCCCACGCGUGAGGAUGCGUUCGAUCGUCCAGCGGAUGGCAUCCGACAUGUUCCUAACUGGUGUGAGCGCGUAUCCAGGCAGUUGGAGCAGUCCCUACAACGGUUGCUACAGCGAGUUCCCGGCAUUGUGUACUUCUUCAAGGAACCCGAAGGUUCCAAGACAACGUUUCUGCUGGCCAACUCCCUGCCUGUUGUGUAUUUGACGCAGGCUCUGGCUCAGGUUUGCGCUGCCUCGCUCAAAGAGGAUCCAUAUGGAGUGGUGCAGAGCGAUUUGCCGGCUAUCAUCAAAGCGAUCAACAAGCUGCGCAAUGAACUGGACAAGCUAAGCAGCGUGAUAGGCAACAUUAGAGCGCCCAGCUCCAGUUUCAACGUGCUUCGAUGUGGAGUGCGCCGCAGUCUGUAUGCCAUCUGUAACUCGUUUUGCGAUUAUCUGGGCGAUCUUCUGCCGCCUGGAGAGGAACUGCGACAGCUCCAGGACCUAGUCUGCCAGGAGUAAACCCAUCCAUCACUUUAUACACUCAUCUUGUACACUGUUUUGCAUCUCUUUAGUUGUUUGUCUGCGGUAACAAUAAAAAUUAAUAAAUAUAA